UCACCAGUGCGCAUACUCAUGUGAAGUAUUCCAGAUGUGCACAUCGCCACUGUCCGGUCACAGUCAGACCAUCUGAGUGGACAAAACGCGUUCCGUCAUGUUGCCAUUCGCCAUCUGGCUGCUUUUAUUGCCGUUCUGCUGUGCGGUCUACACAGGACCUUUGCACCCUGAAAUGUCUAACGGGACCUUUCACCACUUCUUCGUCCCGGAAGGCGAUUACGAGCAGAUCGAGGAUCCGGAGAAAUGCCAGAUGCUUUUCAAAUGGAUCGACCGCAGGCCGUGUCCUCUGGAAGAGGAUCAGGACACGGUCGUCCGAGAGGAUUUUGUCCUAAUUAAACAACAGAUCGAAGACGCAGCGCGCGUUUUGGAGAGUCUCGGGACGAGUAUUUCCUUCGAUCUGGACGGCGAGGACAGCUAUGAGAAAUACCUUAAAAGGGAGAUUGUGCAGAUCAAUGAGGCUUUUACAAAUGUGGAGAAAGCGUUACUGGAACUGGAGACCAAAUUCAAGCAAAGUAAGGAGACCGAACAACGAGAAGAGCACAAGUUCACUCAUAACUUCAUCAACCCCAUGUAUAAUGUGAGGGACACUCUGCAGGAAACUCUGGACAUCUCAUCUGGACUCAAACAUAAACAUGAACUCAUAUCUCUGAUCAUUAAGAGCCAUGGAUCGAGGUUAAGCCGCCUCAAAAACGAGUACCUCAAUGUUUAGACUCGCAUGUAUUAAUCUCAGACUACAGUCUACAAUUGGAUUUUUAUUUUAGCAACGUUUCACCACUUUUGAAAGCAUUUGGUGGUGGUUAUUUUGCAUCGUAGGCCUAUGUGCUAAUCUUGAAAAGUAAAAAGUUCUUUAAUAGUUCUUUAAUUUGUUUGGGGUUCUUGAGUUGACUUUAUGGUUCUUUGGAGAUUAAAGAAAUAUUCUGGGUUCAAUGCAAGUUCAGCUCAAUCAACAGCAUUUGUGGCGUGAUAUUGAUUAUCACAAUAAUGGAAUAAUGGCACUAAUAAUGGAAGUGAAAGGGGCCAAUCCAUAAACAAUAAAAUACUCAUGUUUCUAAAGUACAGACACAAGACACAAUAUUCAAUUCUACACUGAAAUGCAUGUAAACAUGUACUUCAGUUGCACAUGCACAAGGUGAACUGAAAUAGAGUUAAAGGUACCAAUUUGGCCAAAGGGGGCAUGGGUCACCCUAAUGGGGGCAUCAUGCAAAACUAUUUACAACAAAACAACAUAAAUAAUACUACAAAAGAGCUAAAACCUCUAUCAAUUCAUAAUAACUAUUUAAAUGCCCCAAAAGUUUCCUUUGACCAAAGAAACAUAUUUUAAAUGUUCAAGUGCAAAAGAUUAUGGGUAUUCUCCAUGUCCUCAAUUUUGUACUACAAUUCUUUGAGUUAUUAACACUUAACAUCUUUAGUCUAUAGAAUUUUAAGACAAAUAAGAUAAAUGAACAUAUAGAUUUGAGUUAUGAGCCCAAUAUUUCAUGUAAUGUUUAAUUAAGACAAUGUAAUUUUUCCAGUAAUGACAACUUUAGUGUUAACAGAGUAUCAAAUAAUUUUUUAAAGAAUGAUCAUUUUUAAAGGUUUCCACUGACACAAGACAAAACCCUUUCUAGUUCUGGUUCCUUUAUUUUGUGUGAAGAAAUAAUAAGAGUUUUUUUUUUUUUUUUUUUUUUGUAACCUAAAACAACCGCUCAAAAAACGAAUUAACUCCCACAAAAAAAAAAAAAAAAAAAAAGCAAUUGUGAGAAAAUUUCAGAUUGCCUUAAUAUUGUAAAUGUAGUGUUCUAUGUGCACUUUUUGUGGCACUAGUGUCACCAAAAUGGAUUUUAAAAAAUAAACAUUGUUUAAAAAAAAAAAAAAAUAUAUAUAUAUAUUUCUGAAUACCUUCUGUCAUACAUUGUUACAAAAAAAAGUCAUGCCCCAAACUCAUGCCAUUAGUUCAGUCAAUUUUAUUGUAUUGGGCUUUAAACAGACAGUGAUUUUGGAAAUUAAUAGGUUUGCCAACUGUCCCAUAUAAGUGACAUCCCAUCUUUAGGCCUAAAUAAAGACAUAUUGUAGGGGACAUCUAUUGUCCUGUAUUUUUUGCAGUGAGACACUUGAGGGGGAAAAUGCUCAAUGGGAAAUGGGCGAACAAUGAAAUAUCCCAUAUUCAAACAACAAAACACUCAAAGGGGGAUACCCGCAACCACCCCUGGCUGGACGUGUGGCAUAAAGUUAGCAGCCCUAGAAAUCAACCUAAUAUUAGUUUACUCAUCUCGACAUAUUAAGAUGGGAUAGGAUGGAGAAAGUAUUUUUAACAUUGAAAAAAAUAACACACUGAACUUUAAUAUUUCCAUUUGACAUUUUCUGUCUCUAAGCAUGCAAAAAUGUUUUUCUUAAGAAUAGCAUACAACACGUGUUGAUAUUCGUGCUGUUUUAAAUUAGUUGACUACAUUCAAUUGUUAGAUAUGCACUAAUUUAUUGAUAGAAGUUUAAUUACACUUUAAAUCAUGUUUUGUCAGGUAACCUUACAUUUUUGUAUUAUGUGGUAACUUUAAGUGACUUUAUUCAUGUAGAAUAUAUAUAUAUAUAUAUAUAUACUGUACAUAUGAUCAUAUUAAGCUCCUGUAAAGUAAUUGUAAGGUUAAGGUCAGGAAAAUAUUGCCUUGUGUAACAACUGCUCAUUUUCACUUUUUACAGUUUAGCUACUCCCACUUAAAAUAAAGCCUUUUAUGAACAACUGACGUCAAUGUCGCUUCAGAAGCAGUCAUUUCUAGUAGGCUGCUCUUUCUCAGUAGUCUUCAUAAUGCUUUCAUUUCUAGAUGAUUGAAGUUUGAGGAGAGGCUGUUAAAGAUUUCUGGUGGAGAUUUGGCAUUUCCUGUGCUAUUAGAACAGAAUGUCUCUUUCUCUCUCUGCCAUGUGUAAGAAUACUCAAAGCCUGCAGAAAUAUCUAAAGAAACACAAUCUACCCUCCACACGCCAACCAAGGGGAAGCCACAGGGAUGGGCUGGUGAAAAUGUUUAAUGUUGAACCGUUCACAUAAGACUUGUCGCCAAAAUCCCUA